CAAACGAAACCGGAUUUUAACACUUGAAAGACGAUGGACGUUUAGAAGUAUUAUAUAUUCAAUAACUUUAAAAAGUAGUAUAAUGGAAGGAGUGCAGACAUUUAUGAAAACUCAUUACAAAGAGAUAUGCGUGGCUGCUUCUCUUGGAAUUGCUGUCAUAGCAGUGUUUAAGAAAUUCACAAAAAAUAGCAAAAAAUCUUACCCUAGAGACACGGUUAUUCACCAUACAGUUCCCAGAGGUCCGUUUGCUCCUAGUCUAACUGCAUUCGCUGUAAAACUGGAAACCUAUUUGAGAAUGGCAAAAGUUCCAUAUCAGAAUGAAUACGACAGCGGUAGAAACAGAAGUUCUAAAGGAAAAAUAACAUGGAUUGAAUACAAUGGGGAGGAGGUGGCAGAUUCAGAGUUUUGUGUCAAGUUCAUCAAUAAAACACUCAAUAUAGAUCUGGACAAAGAUUUCACAGACGAGGAAAAGGCCAUAGCUUAUUCUUUUCAAAAAGUGGCGGAGGAGUACUUUUACUGGACAAUUGUGCUACAUCGUUGGGUUUACGAUGAAGCCAACGAACUUUCCAAAUAUGUUAAAAUUCCUUGGAUCUUCAAGAAACUGAUGAAGCGUGUCUUGGGAAAACAAGCGCAUGCGCAAGGAAUGGGUCGCCAUUCCCAAAAAGAAGUGGAGACAAUCAUUGUUGAAUGCUUUACGAAUUUUUCUAACUUUUUAGGGAAGAAAAAGUUCUUUCUGGGAGAGAGGCCUUGUCAGUCGGAUUGCGCUAUAUUUGGAAUUCUCUCCCAGUGCUAUUGGAAUGGAUUUGGAUCAUUUUUAGAGGAAGAAUUCAAAAAGUUUGAAAAUCUUUGUGGAUACUGUGAGAGAAUGAAGGCAGAAUUCUGGCCAGAUUGGGAUGACUGUAUUACACACGGUGGGACCAAGAAGGCCAUUAAAUGAGGAA